AUGCAGCAGCAGAUACCGUUCUACAUGGUACCAUUGCUUGAGAAAGACCCCAAAAUGGCAGAGAUCCUCACUUCGAACAGAGAUUUCAUAGUCGCAGAUGGCGCACUUUCAGCUAAGGUGAAGACUCUGAUGAUGAUGCUGUGCGACGCUCUGCUGGCGCACGAGAACGGCGUCAAGGCCAUCGCUGACAGGGCGCGGGGCAUGGGCGCGACUGAAGAGGAGAUCGCGGAGACGAUUCGAGUUGCGUUCUGGAUGGGCGGAUUGCCGGGCCUGGUUACGGGUGUGAACGCUUUCAGGGAAGAUUAA